AAUGCUAAAUCAUGUGUCACGUUAAACUGUUCAACUUUUGUCUCAAACAUUUUUUAGUAUUGUCAACAGUUUUGAAGAUAUUCGAGUGGAUGUAUUCAAAUGAGUCAUCUUUGUUAAAUUGGAACGGAAACAGAACGCAUUUAGAUCGAGAGGUAGACAACGACAGAAGAGAAGAACGUAAACGUCAUUUUAAUACAAACGACGACGAUAUAGAUCGUGGUCGAGUGAAGAAGGUGAAGGAUCACCGAACAUAUGAAGACAGAAGUAACACGGGCUACAAUCCUUUCCAAGAGUACCAAAACGGUAAAACGUGGGACCGGUCUCUUAAUAAUUAUCAUCGGAGACAGUAUUACAACACUUCUACCCAUAGUCGACAACGGCAUGGUAGACAAUACAGAUCAGCACAUUACAGAUACCAUAGUCAUUCUCGAGCACACUGGCAACGGGAAUAAAAUAAAAAGAGAAUUAUUAUUGAAAGAAGAAAAGAAAUUUAAAAAGCAAUCCGAUAUCAAAAGACUUUGUUAGUUCUUCUAUUGCUAAAGCAAAUUGUAAUUUUUUCAACAUGUUGAUGCGAAAACGUGGAAGCGACUAAUGCUAAUUUAGACAAUUGACGUUGGAACUAAAUAUUCAAUAUUUAAUUGUAAAGGGUUCAAACUGCAUGAUAACAGUCUUGUACGUUCCUGAGAGUGACUUAAAAGUACUCUGACGUCGUUUUGUAGUUUACUCUGUGUCCAUGGACAUUGUACUACACAGAACAUGGGGGAUGAGUAUCAGUAACUCUGCCAAUCUUGUGUUCAAAAUGAAUAAAAUUAACUUUUGAACGUUAUUGAUUUAGUCUUGUACGCGUAAUAUUGGAGGAAUGGAUGAAUGAUUGCUAUGGUGUUUAAACGUUACAUUAGUAAUUUUUAAAUAUACCGAUAAGAGUUUUA